AUGGUGUUGAUCGAUGGACAUGAAUUCCUCACCGAGGAAGAGAAGCGGCUCAAGGAAGACCGGGAAAGAACCAAGUAUUGGAAGAAAUGGGGUCCCUACGUGGCAGAGCGCCAGUGGGCGACAGUGAGAGAGGAUUAUUCCGAGGAUGGUGAUGCCUGGAGCUAUUUCACCCACGACCAUGCGCGCUCGCGGACUUUCCGCUGGGGCGAGGAUGGAAUCGCCGGUGUAUCGGAUACCCAUGCGCUGCAGAAUAUCGCCUUUGCUUUCUGGAAUGGAGAAGACGACUUCUUGAAGGAACGCUUGUUCGGCCUGUCCAACCCUCAGGGAAACCACGGGGAGAGUGUCAAGGAAGCCCAUUUUCAUCUGGACAAUACCCCGACUCACUCGUAUAUGAAAUUCCUCUACAAAUACCCCCAGAGAAAGUUCCCAUACCAAGACCUCAUCGAUGAGAAUGCCAAACGCUCGCGCUUGGAACCCGAGUACCAGAUCUUAGACACGGGUAUCUUUGAAGAGGACCGUUACUGGGAUAUCUUCAUCGAGACAGCCAAGGAGGCCGAUGACGAGGAAGAACUGAUCUUCCGUGUCAUUGCAUACAACCGUGGCCCGGAGCCGGCUAAGCUCCAUAUUGUUCCUCAUGUUUGGUUCCGGAACAACUGGUCCUGGGGUGAUGAGAAGAACGAGAAGCCUUCUAUUAAGCAAGAUGGCGCUUUGCAUGCCAAGUCUAAGCACAACAAGAUUGGCGAGCGAUACAUCUCCUUUGCUCCUUCGCCUCCCGUCGGAUCUAGCGAUGACGAUAUUCAGCCUCAGAUGUUGUUCACUGACAACGAGACGAACCACAAGAAGCUCUGGGGUACUGAGAACGAGACGCCGUAUGUGAAGGACGCAUUCCAUCGUCACAUUGUCGAGGAGGAGAAGGGUGCUAUCAACCCGGCCAAUGAGGGUACCAAGUUUGCCGCGUGGUAUGCCUUCAACGAAGGUGAGGGAGUUCCUCCCGGUGAGUGUGCCGUCGUCCGUUUCAGGGUUUCCCGCAAGAAGGAAGAGUUUGUCGACGAAGAAGUUCUGGACGAUGUGAUCGAGCAACGUCGUGCCGAAGCCGAUGACUUCUACUACCGUAUCAACCCUCUUCCCAUGAGCGAAGAUCUCCGCAACAUCCAGCGUCAAGCUUUCUCCGGAAUGAUGUGGUGCAAGCAGUACUACAACUUCGGCAUUCGCAAUGAGCAGUGGCGCCAUCUGUACAUUGAUGAUAUCUUGUCGAUGCCGGACUCUUGGGAGUACCCGUUCUUCGCUGCAUGGGAUACUGCUUUCCACUGCAUCCCAUUGGCUAUGAUGGAUCCCGACUUCGCGAAGAAGCAACUCGAUCUUCUCACCCGUGAGUGGUACAUGCACCCCAACGGCCAGCUGCCCGCCUACGAGUGGAACUUUGGAGAUGUGAACCCGCCCGUGCAUGCUUGGGCUGUGUUCCGUACGUUCAAGAUCGAACGUAAGAUGUACGGGCGCCAGGAUCUGGACUUCCUGGAACGUGUCUUCCAGAAGCUGCUGCUCAAUUUCACCUGGUGGGUCAACCGCAAGGACUCUGGUGGUAAGAACGUCUUCGAGGGUGGCUUCUUGGGACUGGAUAACAUCGGUUUGUUCAACCGCUCUGAGCCAUUGCCCACCGGUGGUGUUCUUGAGCAAGCAGACAGCACUGGCUGGAUGGCUUUCUACUGUCUGUGCAUGCUGAACAUCUCCUUGGAAUUAGCCAAGCACCGUCGCAUUUACGAAGACAUCGCUUCCAAGUUCUUUGAGCACUUCCUGCUCAUCAGUGAUGCCAUGACUUUCCGCAAUGGAGAUGACACUGUUCAGUCGCUGUGGAAUGAGGAAGACAACUUCUACUACGAUGCUAUCUCAUACGGUGGCCCGUGGACCCAGCAGCUGCCUAUCAGGUCUCUCGUCGGUCUGAUUCCUCUAUACGCUGUGCUCACUCUUGAGCCAGAGCUCAUAAACAAGUUCCCAUCGUUCAAGCGACGAGUGGAAUGGUUCAUUGAGAACAAGCCAGAUGUAGCCGAACGCAACAUCGCCAGUAUGAAGCGCCGCGGUAAAGACGACCGACUCCUCCUGGCACUCGUCAGUAAAGAGCGCCUCGUCAAGAUCCUAGAGCGCAUGCUGGACGAAACUGAAUUCCUCUCCAAGCACGGUAUCCGCUCCAUGUCCAAGUUCCACGAAAAGAACCCCUACUCCAUGGACGUCAACGGUCAAACCUUCAAGGUCGGCUAUGUCCCCGGAGAUUCAGAUAGCUCCCUAUUCGGCGGUAACAGUAACUGGCGCGGACCGAUCUGGCUUUGCGUCAACUUCCUGUUGGUCGAAUCCCUCCUCCGCUUCUACAUGUUCUAUGGUGAUUCCCUGCAAGUCGAGUGUCCCAAGGGCUCAGGCGACUACAUGCACCUGGGUCACGUAGCCGAAGAGCUACAGCACCGUAUGCAGCAUCUCUUCGCUCGCAACGAUGAGGGCCGCCGUGCCGUCAACGGGGGCUCAGACCUUCUCGACUUUGACGAGCACUGGAAGGAUCACCUCUGGUUCCACGAGUUCUUCGACGGUGACACCGGCCGCGGUCUCGGUACAUCGCACCAGUGUGGCUGGACCGGAUUGAUUGCCAAGAUCAUCCACGAUACUGGUGUCAACUGCCGUCUCCCCCAAACACCCCGCUCUCCCUUCGCCGCAGCAUCCCACUACUUCGACGACAUUUUCUCCCGCUCCGGCAGACCUCGCGGCUCAGGCCGUCCAUCCGUCCGCCGCUCAUCGACAACCCGUUCCAUAGGCAACCGUAGCGACUUCUACUCAGGCGAUGCAACCCCCACCGCCUCAACUGUGCUCGAUGACGACGAUCCCAGCGCCAGUCGUGGAGUCAGCCGUGGGGGUAGUCGUGCAAGCAGCCGUCGUGGGAGUACUGCCGACCCCCGUGACGAAGAACAUGUCAACCAAUACGUAGAGAGCCAGUUGCAGCGUGUGCGCAGCUCUGCUUCGAUUGCCGCGUACGAGGAUGAGUUCGAGACCAAGGCUGAUAAGGAGAUUGGGAAUGGUCAGAAUGGUCACAAAUAA